AAUGGUCUAAAAUUAUUUUGAGAUGAGAGGGAAUCGUUUCUGAUUUUGGGGUCGCCAUCAUAUAUUCAAGGAAAUGUAACCGAUUUCAUAAUGCUUAUAGAAACAAGAUGGUAUCAAGAGUUAUGUAAAUUUGAAAGCUAUUUUGUCUAAUAGAAUCCGGACGAUUAUUUUGAACAAGGAAUAAAGAAGACCCGACUAUGGCAUCUCUUUCUCUAGAGGAAGAAAACUAUGUUCGAAUGAGUUUGCUACUGACAGGAAUCUCUCCACGUGCUGUAAGAACCAAAUUUGAUUACGAGUUUGCUCCAGCAUGUUUAGAUGCCUCAUUGAAGAAAGAGUAUGCCAAACUGUUUGACUUAAAAAAGGAGCACAGAAUCAACCAGUCACAGUGGAACCUCUUGUUUCCAAGAUUUCCUGAUGUACCAGAUUCUAAAACAUUUGAUGUGACUCUGAUGACAACAUUACUGAGGAACUUGAUUCCUAUGACUUCGCCACUUUGUGGAUUUGACCGUUUACCUGCUGCCAUGGAAACCACACCAGCUGCAGAUUUAGCAAGAAUCAAAUACUAUAGGAAUUACUUGGCUCAUUUGGAUGAUGGCAAAAUAGAUAUUACUUUCUUCAACACUGCAUGGGAUGAUAUAACUAAUGCAAUAGAAAGAUUAUGUGGACAGCAAAUGAAACAGGAAUGUGUUCAUAUGAAAACCAAACCUUUAGAUCAAACCAACCAAGAAAUUAUGAUGGACAUCAAGCAUUCUAAUAAUGAAAUACGGGAGCUCAAAGAAUCAAUUGAAAGUCUGAAGCGAUCACACACUGAAAUGAUACAAUCUCAUGAAGUUGUAGCAAAAGAAAUGGAAGAAAUAAAAUUAUCACAGAAGGAUACAGUUCCUUUGAAUAUAAGAGCUCAACAUAAACAGGAAAUAAGCGAGUGGGAGCUAGAUCAGACUGACUUUCUUGUAACCAGAGCAACACUUCACAUACUUGGAUCCUUACCAUUAAAUAACUGCAUUGUAAUAACAGGGAGCUCUGGCUGCGGAAAAUCUUCAAAUAUACAUCAUGUUGCCUUACACUUACGUGACAAGUAUGAAUAUGAGAUAGUUCCUGUUUUAACAGGACCGUCAGAUAUAAUAAAUUAUUAUGAUGAAAAUAAUAAACAAGUAUUUGUCGUAGAUGACAUUUGUGGGAAGGAAACAAUCAACAUACAGAAAUUACAGUUAUGGAGAGAUUAUUCAGAAAAAAUGGAAAAAAUAUUUAAAACUGUAGAAAAUGAAACUUGUGGCACUGUUUCACGUGUAUCAGGUUCAAAAUUACUGAUUUCAUGUAGAUUGCAUAUAUAUAAAGAAGCACAAUUUCAACUAGUCAAGCUACUUACAGAAAAAGAAUGCAAUAUAUUAUCACCAGGACUGUGCCUACUGCAAGAGGAAAGAAAGUUAAUGGUGCAAAAAUACCUACCAAAUGCCAUAAUUGAAAUUGUAAUGGAAGUUGAGGAGAACGUUGAUUUCUUUCCAUUACUCUGCAAAAUGUCAAAAAACAAAACGUCGGAAGAAGUCGUUAAACUUUUUACAGCUCCCGUGGACAGCAUUAUGAAUAACAUACGCCACAUUAUACUGGAAAACAAGACACAAUUCUGCGCUCUUGUUGUAUGUAUAUUGUAUGAUGAUGGAUUUAAUACAGAUUGGUUAAAUCUAAAUUUAAUCUCAGAGAAAAAGAUGAACAAACUUGAAGAUAUUUUAAGAGAAUUUGAAAUAGAUUUGUCCAAAGAAAUGGCAAGAAAUGCUUUAAAAGCUGGUUUUACUACAUUAGUGGGUACCUAUCUGAGAAAAAGAGGUACAGAGUACUGGAUAAUACAUGACAGAAUUCUUAAAAUGGCAGCUAUAAUCUGUGGCCAGUACCUUACAGAAUGUUUUAUAAAAUAUGCUCCUUUUAUAUUUAUUCGUGAUCACUUCAUCUUGGAAUCUAUUAGCACUGGAGUACCUACAAAUCCAGAUUUUAUUAUUCUAUCUGAAGACAAAGUGGAUAUAUAUUUUGAAAGAUUAUUAAGUGACUUAAAAGAAUCCAUCAUUACAAGCACUUUUCAUAAUAAACAAUUAAUAUAUCAGCCGUUUAGAGAAAAAAUAAUUCGAAUAUUCGGAAGGAGUGAUGAAUCAAAACAAAUAUUAAAGGAUUUUGACCCCAAAGGUAACAAGAUGAAAACAGAUGAGUUUUUCUUGGAUUGGUAUAAUAGGUUAACAACACCUUUAAUAGAAUCAGUAUCAUAUGGUUACUAUGAUCUGGUUCACUUUCUGAUAGAUUCUGUUAAAUGUGAUAUGAACGACAGAGACCAAAGAGGUAGGUCACUUUUAUAUAUGGCAUCUGAAGGACGAAACUUAAAUAUAGUUAAACUGUUAUUACAGAACAAAACUGAUAUGUUUAAUUGUGAAACGUCUAGAUUUUGUCCGCUCUAUGUAGCUUGUGCAGAAGGAUGUACAGAUAUUGUGAAUUUGUUUCUGCAGAACAACGUCUAUCAGUAUGACAGCGUUAGAUCAUCUCUUAUGGAAUGUUUAAAAGGACAUACAGAUACAGAGCAUUCAUAUAUCUCUCCUGAUAUGUGUCGAAGUAAUCAAGUUAGAGGGUAUUUUCAAAGAGGUAGAGAGUCUCGUUACAGAGAUGGAGAGUUUCCUUUCCAAAGUCACCAAAGUAGAGAUUCUCCAUUGUGUGUUGCAUGUAAAAGAGGUCAUAUAGACACAGUGAAAUUAUUACUGCAGAACAACGCUGAUGUCUCUAUGUGCAACAGUAAAGAAGAGACACCAUUGUUCACGGCCUGUAAAGGAGGCCAUAAAGAUAUAGUUAAAUUGCUUCUGCAGAACAAUGCUGCUGUAUCUCAACUAAGCAGAUCUAACAAUAUAAACAAUUCUUCAUUGCAUGCAGCCUAUAAUGGAGGACACACAGAUAUUAUGGAAAUGUUACUGCAGAAUAAUGAUGUGAGCUGUGAUUUUAACGAAUUUGAAAUAUUUUUGACAUUGUGGGUAGCAUGUGAAAAAGGACAUACUAAAUUAGUGGAACUUUUACUAAAGAAAACAGUUGAUAUAAAUCGUUGUGACCUUACUAAAAAAAGGACUCUUUUGCAUGUUGUCUGUGUAAGAGGCCAUGCAAGUAUAGUGAAACUGUUACUUAAAAACAAGGCUGAAAUCUCUAAGUGUAAUAGUGAUGGAGAAUCUCCAUUAUAUGCGGCUUGCGCAAAUGGCAAUACAGAUAUAGUGCUGAUAUUGCUGCAGAACAAGGCUGAUAUCUCUCAGUGUAAAAGUGAUGGAGAAUCUUCAUUAUAUGCGGCUUGCGCAAAUGGCCAUGGAAACAUAGUGAAAAUUUUGCUGCAGAACAAGGCUGAUAUCUAUCAGUAUAAAAGUGAUGGAGAAUCUCCAUUAUAUGCGGCCUGCGCAAAUGGCAAUACAGAUAUAAUGCAGAUAUUGCUGCAGAAUAAAGCUGAUAUCUAUCAGUAUAAAAGUGAUGGAGAAUCUCCAUUAUAUGCGGCUUGCGCAAAUGGCCAUGAAAACAUAGUGAACAUUUUGCUGCAGAACAAGGCUGAUAUAUAUCAGUAUAAAAGUGAUGGAGAAUCUCCGCUGUAUGUGGCCUGUAAAGGGGGCCAUACAGAUAUAGUUAGCAUACUGCUGCAAAACAAGGCUGAUAUAUCUCAGUGUAAAAAUAACGGAGAAUCGCCAUUUUAAGCGGCUGGUGCAAAUGGCCAUACAGACAUAGUGCACAUAUUGAUGCAGAACAUGGCUGAUGUCUCUUAGUGAAUAGUAGUUAAGGGUGUCCAUUGUAUAGGACACGUGAAGUAGGGCACUUAGAUGAAGCGAAACUUUCUGCAGUACAGUAUACACUCAGUGUGCGGCAAGCGAGGAGUCUCUAUUUCACGUUGCAAGAGGCAUCAGGCAAUACGUCGUUUGGUCUAAGCAUGAACAUUUUGAAUUGCGGUCAUCGUAACAUGUUUUUGUAAUAGUGAUUCUAUUAAACAUCAUCUCAUUUUUGAAGAAGCAUAUAAGCAUGAUAAGGGGAUACAAGUGGAUCGCAUUGAAAUUGUACAAUCAUUAAUUGCAUGGAAUACUGAUGUAAAGUUAUGUAGUAAAAAAGGUCACACACCUCUACAAAUUGUGCAUCUCUUCUAGGAACAUUUCAAACAUGUCAACAUGAAACGUCAUUUAUAUUUAUAGGAUAACGGCUACAUAAUAAAUGUUGUAAAAAUUGUUGAUAAAUAUUUUGUUUGUAUAGACAUGUUAGAAAGAAAAGAGUAUAUUUUGUUUGUCAGUAUAAAGUUAUAAACAUGUUAUAGUACAUAGCUUCUGAUAAUUGUCAAGGUUUCGAUAACAUUUUAUUUCCUUUCCUGUUAAACUUAGCCCUUUACCAUUUGAAAAUUUUUCUCUAUUUCUUAUAUGUCAGCCCUUAGCACCAUAGCAUCACAUUUUUGUCUUAAACACAUCAGAUGCAGUAAAAGGGGUGUCGUUUAAUAUAAUGAUGGUCAAGCCUUUGCUAUAACUGUUAUAUUCAAAUAUUGUCCUCUGUUCAUUUAUAUGUUACCAGCUUUGACUGUUAUCAUCUGAAUAUAUGUAUAUGUCUGUCCCAAAAAGAAUUAUGUGUCUAUGGCAGGCCUUUGAUAGUCUCUGUUAAAUGCAGUCAUCAUUUUUCCAAUUAAUAGCUUAACUUUUGUGUCUAAAUCUGAGCAUAGACCACUAUUUUAUGUCUAUACGGCUUGCCGUCAUAAUGAUUUAAACAUUACAUUAAUUUUUCAGUCAGUUAGUCCGUCUGGUUCUAGCCCUUGUCAUCGCAACUCCGUUGAAACCACACAACAGAAUUUCGUGAAACUUUGUAGUUAAUCAAGACAUACUAUGUAGACGUGCAUAGCAACAGGAAGUUAUGAUUAAAUUUUUUUCUAAGAGUUAGGCCCUUUGAACUUAUAAUUUUGGACUAAAUAUUCUACGGCAAAAGUUUGUGAUCGCAAUCCCUCUGAAGCCACACAAAACAUUUGAUGAAACUUUGUAGAUGAUAAGGAUAUACUAUAAAGAUAAGCAUAUCGACAGGAAAUUACAAUUGAUAGUUUUUUCUAGGAAUUGUGUCCCUUUGAACUUAUAAUGUUGACCAUGAUGUACUAUUGCAACAGUUUGUCAGCGCAAUCUCCAAACCACACAACAACUUUGUAGAUGUAUUAAGUAGUGCAUAUAGAUAGACAAUUUUGAUUCAAUGAUUUUCUAGGAGUUAUGCCUUUUAUGCCUUUUUAAACGCAGAAUUUUUACAUAAAUAUACUAUUGCAACAGCGCAACUUCUCUAAAAACACAACAAAAUUUUUUGAAACUUUGUAGUUUGUGAAAACAUAAUAUGUAUAUGUGCAUAUCCACAAGAAUUUUUUAUCAGUCGACUUUUGUAGGAGUUAUGAGUCUUUGAACUCAAGAAUGUGUUGAGAUUUUGUUUGCCCAGUAGCAAUGUUAUGUUAGCGUGCUUUCAAAGGUUCUUUAAUCUAUUUUUACAGUUUGUUUCACUUAAGUUUUUCAAAAUGGAAUUAAGACCACAGAAAUUUCAAUAUAAGUCAUUUCAACUACUCUUCACAUUUUUCAGAAACAUCCUUUUGAUUAAGAAUAUAUAUGCAUUUCUAUUUGAUAAGCCUAUUAUAAACAAUAAAGUGUAGAAAUUAAAUGAUAUAAUCAUGAGAUUGAUUAGUCUAAAUUGAAAACAACGUUCAAACCUAUGAUUUCGUUGGAUAAAAACCGCAAUUUUUAUACGUGUGCAUGUAAAACAAAUUUCUUGGUAGAGGGGUCUAAAUACAGCAUAAACAACAUUUUCAAAAGACGAAAAAUAUUGAUAUACAUAUACAGUUCACUUUUGGAAGAUAAUUGUUAAAGUAAUAAAUAAAACGAACAAAAAUAGAACCGAAAUAAUAAGUUAAGGUUUUCGUCACAUUCAUCCAUAUGCAAUACAUUUAUAUAUGUCUUAAGCUUCAUUUAAAAAAGAUAUAACUGUCACAUGUGAUCUUCCAUAUUUGGCCAUUAUGUUUAAAAAGGUUCCAUUUUGUAGUCUAUUAACUGAAAAUUCAAGAAUUCAACAUAUCAAAUUUACCACUGUAUUGGAUUAUAAAAGCUACUAUAUCUACAGAUGCUAUUUUUACUUACAAAAGUUCCUCAGACAGUAGAACAUGACACUCUACACCUUACUGUAAAUAGUAUAGUGGUAUUCGAUUAUUGAUUACUCUUGCUUCCUAGUACAUGUAAUGUAACAAUAUUAACUGUAUUGUAUGUAAAUGUAAAUUAAAUGAUGAGUGUAUAAAUCAAAGUUAACUAUUUGAAUUUCUUUUACCUGUUAAGUUAUGCAUACAAUACUCCGGGUGCGGGAGUUUCUCGCUGAAUUGAAGACCCAUUGGUGGCUUUCGGCUGUUGUCUGCUCUAUGGUCGGGUUGUUGUCUCUUUGACACAUUCCCCAUUUCCAUUCUCAAUUUUAAUACAAUCAGCAGCUAGAGGGACAGACGAAACAUAAAUCAAUUGGCAGAAAUUUGUAUAUAUUUCUUUUUAAUUUAAAAAGCAACAUAUGUAAUUGGAAAAAAAUAUAUAAUAUUUAUUAUGAUUUCAAAUAACUAAUGGUAUUGAACAUGUUUCAACCUUUAAUCAAAAUUGUGAUAUAUAUGUUCGAUCCAUAGCAAUGAUAACAAUGAUUGAUACUGUAAAUUCUACAGUGAAUUGUGUCCAGAGCCUUUGAGGACUCACGAUUUUGUACUGAUUAGACUGAUUGAAAAUAGUAUUUAUGUACUGAAUCAUGUUAUGAGUGUAUAUAAUUUUUUUUAUAGUAUGUUCUUGUUUGACAAUAUUUUUCAUUUACAUUAUUCAUAUUUAUAAAGUAAUAUAUUAGGUGUACUAGUA